GUUUGGGUUUGGUGCGUCCCGUCCCGUCCCGUCGUCCCCCUCCUUCUCCCCCCGCUUCCACCUGAAGGAAUUUAUGACACAGAUGAAAACUGAACCGGGGCCGCGGACGAGAGACGCAGUGAUGUCGCCGGGGGAUUAAACGGGGUGGAGGUGAUGUCACCGUGCCUGCACAGCAAAACACACACACACACACACCCCCGGAGGAGCGGUGCUGCCAAGGGAGCGCGAUCGGCCCCACGUCACUCGUGCCACCGGUAUAAAUGCGGUCCCGCGAUGUCCAUGGCUGUCGGCGCGGCGGCUCCCGACACUUGCCUGCAGCCGGGGAGGCGGCGGAGCAGGAGGAGGAGGAAGAGGAGGAGGAGGAGGAAGAGGAGGAUGCUGCGCGCCUUGGUGGCGGUGUCCCUGUGGCUGCGGGUGAGCCCGCGGGCGCAGGGCGCGCCGUGCGAGGCGGUGCGCAUCCCCAUGUGCCGGCCCAUGCCCUGGAACAUCACCCGCAUGCCCAACCACCUCCACCACAGCACCCAGGAAAACGCCGUCCUCGCCAUCGAGCAGUACGAGGAGCUGGUGGCCACCGGCUGCAGCCCGGUCCUCUCCUUCUUCCUCUGCGCCAUGUACGCCCCUAUCUGCACCCUGGAGUUCCUCUACGACCCCAUCAAGCCGUGCCGCUCCGUCUGCCAGCGCGCCCGCGACGGCUGCGAGCCCAUCAUGCGCCGCUACAACCACAGCUGGCCCGAGAGCCUCGCCUGCGACGACCUCCCCGUCUACGACCGCGGCGUCUGCAUCUCCCCCGAAGCCAUCGUUACCGACCUGCCGGAGGAUGCGAAGUGGACAGACUUCACGCAGGGUGUGCUGGUGCCCCCGGAGCCCGACUGCAGGAGCCGCGGCCAGGAGCGAUGCAGGUGCAAAAAGACAAAGCCAACGCUGUCGACUUACCUGGCCAAGAACUACAGCUACAUCAUUCACGCCAAAGUAAAAAGUGUCGAAAGAGGGAACUGCAAUGAAAUCACCACUGUGGUUGAAGUCAAAGACAUCCUGAAGUCCUCGACACCCAUUCCUCUGUCCCAAGUGCCGCUUAUCACAAAUUCCUCCUGCCAGUGUCCACCCCUUCAGCCGAAGCAGGAUGUUCUCAUCAUGUGCUAUGAAUGGCGCUCAAGGUUGAUGCUUCUUGAGGGCUGCCUCGUUGAAAAAUGGAAGGAUCAACUGAACAAAAGGUUCAAGAGGUGGGAGCAGAGACUGCAAGAACAGAAGCUGCGAACAGCCCGCAGCAAGAGCCAGAACGCAGGGCGCAGUGCUCAGAGUGGACCCCCGAAAUCAUCAGCCAAAACCACCAACCCGCUGGUCAGUGGCCCCAAAAAGGCCACGAAGAUAAGAAAUGGCCAGAAAGAAAUCAACCCGAAGAAAGUAUGAGCGUGCAAGUGGUGAAAGACUUUUCUUCCCGCACGAUGAGGGUCGCAAUCUGCCUUGGUCAGCAGGUUUUAGUCAUCCAGAACUCAUCGACUUACAAACUCCUGGCAGUUUCUGCAUAGACAUUUUUGCUGCACUUUACUUUUUCAAGGUUUGCUUUUCCUUUCAAGCCACUGCAAGCCAUAGGGGGUAGGUUUGUGUUAACGCGUGGCAGGCUUAUUCAGGCUGAGCUUUAUCUUAGGGCUCUGAUUUGCAGUUCUAGCUAAAACUAGCCUUGGCUGCCAGUGGUUUUAACUCCUUGUGCCGGUUGCCUGCUCUGCUUCCCCGCCAGAGGUUGGAGAGCUGCAUGGGGCAUUCACAACCAUUGCAUUGCAAACCUGAGCCCUGUGAUUUAAGUGCUCUCUCCUCAGAAAGUGCAUCGGUGUAGUAGCUGAGGAGUUAGUC